UUAUUACCGGGGAUGUGAUAACAGAAAACAAGGAUAAAGUCUCUGUUAUUCAGCGGGUACGUGCGUGACUGAAAGGUGCUACUGAAACAUGGGGAAGCCAAAGAUAAAGGUUCAGAGAAGCCAGCGGAAGCAGAGAUUUUCACCCAGAAAAAUCACCAGCAGACAAGAUGAUGCCGUUAACAUAACGAUACACAGUCUGAGAGAGAGGGAACCAUCAAUUUCUGAAGAUGGAUCUAAGCGCCACAGUGGAGUAUCUAACCAGCCUCAUAAAUGUCCACAAGGGAAAGGGAAUACAAAAGUAGAACUCAAGGAGCUCCCAGGACAGCAAAGAUGUAAAGAUGUAAAAGUGAAAUUGAUCACCACUUCCUCCAGUCUUACUUCUGCCCAAAGCUCAUCCAGGUCCUUCAAUGACACCUACAAGGAGUAUGUGCAAAAGCUCAGACAUGUCAGACCAAUGAAGUCCGAGGAGGGUUCAUCCAUGAGUCUUAGCUCAGGGUCAAACUGUGUCCAUUUGAUGACUUCAGAUGCUGUGUCAGGAAAGAGGAGUUCAGAUGACAGAGAUGUGGAGGUGGAGGAGGAGGUGUCUUCACCAUCACGUGCUGUGGAAGAUAUGGAAACAACGCCUGCAUCUCCCACAAACAUACAGCAUAAAAUGUGUAAGAAUGUUUCUGUAUCAAGGCAGAAGAAACAAAGUAAGAAAAAACCUAUAAUCAGCUCAAAAGCACAGAACAAGAGCAGUUCAAAACAAUCAAGAACAACUACGAAGGUUCAGAAUAAGAAUGUUAAGGAGUAUUCGAGAUAUUGCCAGCAGCUGCCAGGUAUCUCAACUGUGUCCUCCUCAUACACCACUGAUCAGUCGGUUUGCAGACUUGCUAGAGUAGAUGUUUUGUCAGAACAUUCAUCAGACAGAAUACUUGUUGCACGUGUACCACACCAAGGUUGUGAUAGUGGGGUCAGCUUGCCAGAGAGUGUCAUUUCGGCCCGUGAACCAGCGCGAAUCCUGCUCAACAAGGGAAGGGUUCCGGUUGCUGAUGCAGGUGUGCAAGUUCAGUUUGACCACAUGUCUCCAGACUUUCAGGUUUGUGUUGAUGUGGAGUCCAGUAAAAGAUUUAUUAUUGAAAAUGGACCAAUAGAAAUAUCCUCAGACAAAGAUUUAGGUGGGUGUAAGAAUAGUCAUUUGUCAGAUUUAGUCAUUUUGGAAUUAGAGAAGCAGAAACGAAAUGAUGUUGAAAAAAACAGACAACCUUCAGGAUCAAAUUAUGUUUCCAAUGUCCGGCAACCUUCAGAAAACAUGGACACUGACCGGAGUCCUACAGGAUCAGGAGAAAACAUGGACACUGACAGGAGACCCACAAAAUCAGAAGACAACCUGUUCAUUGACAGGAGACCUACAGGGUCAGAAGAACUUGUGUCCAGUGUCGGGAAGAUAUCGCCCUGUGAUCUUGAUUCCUUCUUGUUUUCUAGUUCAGAAUUUGGGUCUGAUGUUGAGGCAGAGGACGAACCUGCCUCAAAACUGACCCUGCCAGUUCUUCGCUCUUUACACACAGAGGAAAGAUCGAUUUGUGUACAGACAAGACUGAAAGCAAGGAACAAGAGAAGAAGUAGUGUCACAAAUAUUGAUCAGAACCUUCUGAACCAACAAUCGAGAAUGAAGAAACCUACUCGUAGUGUAACAAGAAGUUCAGAAUUUCAGGCACCAUCUGUUUCUAAAAGAAGACGGCAAUCUCAGAAGCCUGGUACCAGUCCUUUAGAACUGACUCUGGACACUCCGCAGAAGGCAACUUCCUUUGAAGCAUCUUGUGAUAAAAGAGAGAAUAUAUCUCGUGGCCUGGAGUCCAGUUGUUGUAGUUCUUCUGUAGCACCAGUGGAUGAGAACACAAGUGAAGUGGAAUCAUCAAGUUCAUGUAACAGCAUCCUGGAGUUAACAUCAAAAUCGCUGAAGGGAAAAAAAGAUGUACCAAUUAUCAAAUCAAAAGGACUGUUGAGUACAAAGCACAUUACUGAAACAUGCUCUGUUUCUGCAGUAGAGGUUGAGAAGGCAGAGGCAACCAGUGCAUCUACAGAGUCUGUUGUUCCUCCCUUAGCCUCACCCUCAACCUCCACUUUGUCAGAGGGUAUGGCAAGUGGCCUGACUGAACUCACUGGUUUGGACAGUCUCCCAAGGACAGAGGGGUCAAACUCAGGAUGUGAAGGAAAAGGAUGCUCAGAGUCUGCUCUAAGUUGCCGUGCUCAACAAUCUGUGAGAAAAAAUCAAAAGCAAAAGGUGAAAAAACAAAGAGCAUGGAGGAAAAGUAAAUCUGUCUUCAAUGUUUGUAAGCUCUCAGAUCAGUUGGAUGAAUGCUUCAGCUGGAGUGAGAACUCACCUGAGGUGUCAAUAUCAUCUUGCAAAACCCUGAAACUCAUUAAAAACACAUCUACCAUUGAGAUGGAUGAAACAGAAUGUAAAAUAAGCCAGAAUUGCACAGAAUGGUACAGUUCAGGAGACGAACUUUUUCUUGCAGAAACUCACCUCAGAAACAGGGAGAGUCAUGACCGGAAGUCUGUCUUGCAGCCUGUAGAUGAUUCAGCCUUGACCAAGGAUACAGAUGACAGAGCUUUGGAGGUAGAGGAGGUGUCUUCACCAUCACAUGCCAUGGAAGAUACGGAAACAAAGCCAGCAUUUAGCACAAAAACAGAGCAUAAUAUGUGUAAGAAUGUUUCUGUAUCAAGGCAGAAAAAAACUAUAAUCAGCUCAAAAGCACAGAACAAGAGUAGUUCAAAUCGAAUUCAGAAUAAGAAUAUCAAGGAGUGGUCAAAAUAUUGCCAGAACAUAUCUACCAUUGAUAUGGAUGAAACAGAAUGUAAAAUUAGCCAGAAUUGCACAGAAAGGUACUGUUCAGAAGACGAACUUUUUCUUGCAGAAACUCACCUCAGGAACAGGGAGAGUCAUGACAGGAAGUCUGUCUUGCAUUGCAAGCCUGUAGUUGAUUCAGCCAUGACCAAGGAUGCAGAUGAUCUUGAUACUGUGGUUUCUUGUCAGGAGAGCUUUGAUUGUGAUUUAAGCGAUAGAAAUGGCCAAGAUAACAAGGGAGAUCUUAAUACUGAUAAAACUGUAUCUGACAUUGACAUCAUGCCUUUCAACAUUCUUGAUGAUACAUCUGAUAGAAUGACAGUGGACUCAGCAGCAGGAAAUGAUGAUAGAUGUGACUUGAGAGAAGAUGUCACCAAGGAGAUGGCCGAACCUCAGGACUCCAACUCCAGCCCAAGCGCCACUGUGUCCCCGAAGAUACCACCGUUGAACUUGAACACUGCGUCCCAAGUGCGCGUGGUGCAGUACAGCAGCAGUAGCUCAGAGGAAGGAGGUGACCUGCUUUACAAAACAGUGCAGACAAAAAAGAAAUGCUUCCAGCUGUGUCAGCGUGGGCGCAGUGGGUGGGAGGACAGCCUGCGACAGCGCCCAGCAAAGACCCAGAGAUACCAGGUGGGCCAGGAGAAGGUGAAGGCGGCAGAGAUGGUGUCUCACACCACCAGGUUGGCGGAGAAGAAGGGAAGUAGCUCCAGUGACUGCUCAGAUCAGAAGACAAACGAACUGAUUGAAGUCACCGAAUCCAAUCAAGGAAAGAAAAUGGAUGACCCACCCAACAAUACUAAAGCACCAUCAAAGGUAAAACAAGAUGAUGUGAAGGAGGCGGAACCCAAAGAGCGACCUCCUCCCAAGAAAUGUCAUAGCAGCAGUAAGGGCAGCAGCCAGGACUCGCCCAGUAAGAAGUGCAACGGCAGUCCCAAGAACAAGGGUCCGGAGGCAGUUGUGCUUGAGACUGAUGAGGAGCUGGCACAAGUUGUGGAAAUUGAACCUGACUAUGGCAAGCUGGUGUGGGCUCGGUUGUCUGGUGAACGAUGGUGGCCAGGAACCAUUGUCAAGGGAACCCUGAUUUACCUCCAGUCUCAGAAAUCUGCUUCAUCGUGGGUGUACUGGUUUGGGGAUCACAAAGUGUCUCAGGUCUCUCGUGACAAGAUCAUACCUUUCCCUGAGAACUACAAGGCCAAAGUGGGCAACUUCAAGAGCAAGAUGUAUCGCAAGGCUGUUCUAGAGGCACUAGCAGAAUGCUGUCGCCGAGGAGGUCCACAUGUCAACAACAACAAUGACACCCAGAUGCUGCAGUGGGCAGAAGCAGGCUUCCCUGACAGCACAACGGGCAGACAGGUGUCUCUGGACCCCCCUGAAGACUGUCCUUUGCCUGACUCGAUGAUGGGCUGCCUCAGUGAGAUCGGGAAGGACAUCAGAAGGAAGGUGGCCAGUAUGUCUGUCAGCAGCAAGCAGCCAGAUGACAACAGAGAUAAUGCCGUGGAAGCUGUUAGAAAGGGGCAGAAACAACUGAAGGAUAUCUGCAUCAGCUGUUCAGACCUGGAACAGCAGGUGGUGUGUGGACAUCCAUUGUUUGAAGGAGGCCUUUGUCCUGGAUGCAAGACGGAGGUAACAGACACGAUGUACGCCGUUGGGGAUGACGGACUUCAUAGUUUCUGUGCUGUCUGUGGAGCCGGGGGAGACCUGUUUGUUUGUGAUUCUCCUGAGUGUAAAAGGGUGUACUGCAGGCCAUGUGUCGAGGAACUAGGAGGGGAAGAUAUGCUGCAACAGGUGAUAGCGGCCAGCAGGUGGCACUGCUUCCUGUGUUCCUCGUGUACCGACCAGCCUUACUGUCUCCUCCGUCCUCGUCCCAACUCACAGGAGAUGAUCAUUAGGUUUUUUGACACAGGGUACCGGGUACAGAUGCCCAGCUUAGCCUACUUCCGCACGAAGAGACCACUCCGGGUCCUCAGUCUGUUUGACGGCAUAGGCAGUGGGAAAUUAACACUUGACCAGCUUGGCUUCAGUGUUGAUGCCUACUACGCCAGUGAGAUUGAUGCUGAUGCCAUCAUUGUUACCAGAUGUAACCAUGGCAACUCGGUGGUCCAUGUGGGAGAUGUCACACGGCUGGAUCACGAGAAGUUGGCCGAGUUGUCUCCCAUAGAUCUUCUAAUUGGUGGCUCCCCUUGCAAUGAUGUUUCUCUUGCAAAUCCUGCAAGGAGAGGUUUCCAGUCCGGUAGCACUGCCCUGCUGUUCUUCGAGUAUGUGCGCGUCCGUGACAAGCUGCAGCAACUCAACAGCAACACACAUCUGUUCUGGCUGUAUGAGAAUGUGGCGUCGAUGAAGACUGAGUUCAAGAAUACCAUGUCACGCUUCCUAGAGUGCCAGCCAGCCCUGUGGGACUCCAAGUAUAUGUCAGCUCAGCGCAGGGGAAGGUUUUUCUGGGGCAACAUCCCCGGCAUGUACAGCACACCAGCUAUCUCCACCUUCAUGCAUGAGAAUGUGGAUCUGAACAGUGUCCUGGAACGCAACUGUAACCGCCGAGCCACCAUCACCAAGAUGGGUUGUGUCACCACACGCACCAAUAGCCUGAAGCAUGGCAAACAUGAUGAGCUGUUUCCCAUCGAGAUGGAAGGAGAGACAACUGGGAUUUGGAUUCCAGAGGUUGAGAGGCUGUUUGGGUACCCACCUCAUUAUACGGAUGUUGGAAAUCUGCCUGCAACACGCCGUCAGAAGCUGCUGGGCAAGUCCUGGAGUAUCCCCAUCAUGAGAAACCUCCUCACCCCACUGAGGCAGUACUUCACAACCACAACCACCACUACUGAGUAAAGCUUUAACCGCCACCAUUCAUGAAGAUGGCAGCUGUGUUUCUUGUUGCCACAGUACUUCACCACUACCAUAACCUUCUGACCUCAACAUACUGUCACCACAACUCCCUCCAUAACCUUCUGACCUCAACAUCCAGUCACCACAACUCCCUCCAUAACCAUCUGACCUCAACAUACUGUCACCACAACUCCCUCCAUAACCUUCUGACCUCAACAUACUGUCACCACAACUCCCUCCAUAACCAUCUGACCUCAACAUACUGUCACCACAACUCCCUCCAUAACCAUCUGACCUCAACAUACUGUCACCACAACUCCCUCCAUAACCUUCUGACCUCAACUUACUGUCACCACAACUCCCUCCAUAACCUUCUGACCUCAACAUACUGUCACCACAACUCCCUCCAUAACCAUCUGACCUCAACAUACUGUCACCACAACUCCCUCCAUAACCUUCUGACCUCAACAUCCAGUCACCACAACUCCCUCCAUAACCUUCUGACCUCAACAUACUGUCACCACAACUCCCUCCAUAACCUUUUGACCUCAACAUACUGUCUCCACAACCUCUCCAUAACCUUCUGACCUCAACAUACUGUCACUACAACUCCCUCCGUAACCUUCUGACCUCAACAUCCAGUCACUGCAGCUUCCAUGAGAUGGAACCUUCUGAUCUCAAUGACCCCAGCAGGCCCUCCCCUCCCCUCAAAUGGAACCUUCUGACCUCAACAGGUAGCCACCACAGUUCCCUUCUGAUGGAUCCCUCUGACUCCCCUCUCCUCCAAAUGGUAUUUCCUGACCUCAACAGCUCCCUCCAGAUGGAACCUUCUGACCUCCCCUGCCCUCCAAAUGGUUCCUUCUGACCUGUCCAUGUCAUUGCCACUAAUCCCCCUCUCCGUCAUUUGAAAUCCCUGACUAGAUAUCCUCAGUUGUGAAUUUAUGUAGGCGAUGUCAAUAUUUCAUGUGAUGCAGCAUUGUAUAUUGGCAUUGUUGUCAACAAUUGUUAAGGUUCUAAGUACAAUAUGCUUAUAUUGAUCUGUGCUACCGACAGCUCCCUUUGUUUCAGUCUCAUUGCCUUAUUGUUAUCUCUUGUGUAUUAUGCAUGUGGCACUAAUACUUCACUUACGGUUUCAAUUGUCAUUAUCAAUAUGUCAUGAUGCGUUGUCAUGUGCACUGAGAGGUAAUCUUUUCCAGUUGUUGAAGACCUUUGCUGCAAUCAGCUGUUCAAAGUUUCACCCCCUAGGCUUGAUCACAAUCCAUUGAUAGUGGGUUUAUAUGUGAUAUUAUGAUGGUUACAUCUACAUCUUAUAUAUGGGUUAUGUCAAAGUGGGUUGUCAUCAAACUCCUACUACCUAUAGCUACAACACUAUUAUCUCCCCUGUGACAUUGGACUGACACCCAGUGAUGCAUGUGUAUUUGGGUUGAUAUGGGUGUCAAGCUACCUAACGCCCUUAUCAGUGACACAUUGUCAUUCGUUUCAUCCAAGCAUGUAGUUGGCAGUAAUGUGUCUGUUAUUCCACCAUGUGUCAGUGUCAUCCUGCCAUGUGUCACUGUUGUCAUCACUCCAUGGGUCAUUGUCAUCCCACCAAGUAUCGUUAUGACACCAGGUGUCAUUGCUAUUUCACAUUGUGUCAUUGUUAUCAUCACAAAUUUAUUAUGCUCUACACACAUGAAUCAUCACACCAUGUGUCACUGUUACUCAGCCAUGUGUCAUUGUUAUCUAACCAUGUGUCAUUGUUGUCACACCAUGUGUCAUUGUUAUCACACCAUGUGUCACUGUUACUCAGCCAUGUGUCAUUGUUAUCUAACCAUGUGUCACUGUUAUUCAGCCAUGUGUCACUGUUAUUCAGCCAUGUGUCAUUGUUAUCCAACCCUGCGUCAUUGUUAUCCAACCAUGUGUCAUUGUUGUCACACCAUGUGUCGCUGUUAUCACACCAUGUGUCGUUAUCACACCAUGUGUCGCUGUUAUCACACCAUGUGUCAUUAUUGUCACACCAUGUGUCAGUGUUAUCACGCCAUGUGUCGCUGUUAUCACACCAUGGGUCAGUAGUAUGUGCAACAUGUGUUCUGUUACAUGCUUUCUCUGAGCUCUUCAAAAGUCAAACAUUAGCUAUUGUUUUUGUGUCAACUGUUAAUACAUGUAUGUUAUUUAGUCCACAGUGUUCUGCUGGUCAUGGAAAGCCAAAUUUAACAAGUGUGUUCCUCUCUCCCAGGUGCUGUAAAACAGUAUUUACUGUAGCAUUAUGUCUAGUAUCUAUGGUGGCAAUUGAUUUAAGGUGUGUUAACUACGUAUCCAGGUGAUAUGCAUUGUCAAGGCACGAUUUCUUUACUUUUUGAUUGUAUUGACAUUUCUCUGAUUUUAUGUUUGCAACUUAGGUAAUGUUUCUGCGCACAAACCUCACAAGCAUCACUGAUGCAUUGAUAAAAGAUUUCAAGGUCCCUUACAAACAAGGACAAUAACAAUCUGAAAAGCUGUGGUGUUUAUUCUUAGAAGGUAAACUAAGGUGUUCACUACCAGUAAGAUGUUCCUACAAUGGGUUAGGCUGCACCACCUACAAAAAGAGCCUUAAUUAGCACCGCACACAUUCAAUAUUCCAGCCCAACCCAACAAAGUUAUUUUAGCUGAAUGAGAACAUAAGAGAAAGGAAUUAUGUUCACUUUCUUUUUGGCUGCAGUUGUCAUCAAUAUGUUAAAUGUUAUGUCAGCGUGUGGUUCUGCAUGAUUGAUAUUUGAUAUUGAUUUUGUCUUUAUUGCAAGAUCUGCAUUGGUGUUCUAUAAUGACUGAGUGAAAUGUAUAGUCAGUAAGGCAUUCAUUUUCAAGAUCUUAAGUUUGUGUGAUUUCUUGUAAGUAGACAAAUGUCCAUUUUCGCUUGAAAAUCAUAGUUAUUUAGUUGUAUCCUCAGAAUAUUUUCAAUUAUUUGUUAUAUAAA